UUCUUCUUCUUCUUCGUUUCCUCCAGCUCACAACAACAAACCCAGACCCGCUGUUUUACUGGUGUCGGUGGGAACUUGAUGGUUUCUUCCCGAAGCGGGACGUGAAGUGAGGAACCAGCGGAACCAGUGGAACCAGUGGAACCAGUGACUUGUGUCAGUCGGGAGGUGAACAGCUGCUGAACUGGAGCCUGCAGGAUGUGGGACAGAACCAGGGCUGAGCUUGUGAUGUAGUCGCUUCACCGGUCCCCCCACCCCACCCCCACCCCACCCAGCCUGUGUGACUACCUACUGAGGUCUGAGGUCAUUCUUUGGUCACAGCGAUGGACGACGACACUCAGACCCUGAAACCCAGACGCAUCCAGAAUCAGAAUGUGGUCCAUCGUCUCGAGAGGCGCAGGAUCUGCUCGGGCCGACCGGGAGCUCAGUGGUACAGAGUUCGCUGCUUCCACCAAAACCUCUUCCCCAACUUCACUGUGGUCAAUGUGGAGAAGCCGCCCUGCUUCCUCAGGAAGUUUUCACCAGAUGGACGCUGCUUCAUUGCCUUCUCCUCUGACCAGACGUCUCUGGAGAUAUAUGAAUACCAAGGCUGUCAGGCUGCUCAGGACCUGCUGCGAGGUCAAGAGGGAGAGACUCUUCUAACGGCCAAUGACCAGCGCUCCCUCAACAUCCGAGGCCGUCUCUUCGAGCGCUUCUUCUCCCUCCUCCAUGUCACUAACGUGGCCUCAAAUGGAGAACACCUGAACAGGGAAUGCAGCCUCUUCACGGACGACUGCCGCUUUGUUAUCGUCGGCUCAGCCGUGUACGUCCCAGAGGAGCCGCCGCCAUAUUUCUUUGAGGUUUAUCGUAACAACGAAUCUGUGACUCCGAAUCCCCGCUCUCCUCUCGAGGACUACUCCCUCCACAUCAUCGACCUCCACACCGGCAGGCUCUGCGACACCAGGUCCUUCAAGUGCGACAAAAUAAUCCUGUCCCACAACCAGGGGCUCUACCUCUACAGGAACAUCCUGGCUGUGCUGUCGGUCCAACAGCAGACCAUACACGUGUUCCAGGUGACUCCAGAGGGAACGUUCCUGGACGUGAGGACCAUCGGGCGUUUCUGUUACGAGGACGACCUCCUGACUCUUUCAGCUGUUUACACUGAGGCUCAGGCGGAGAGCCAGCCGGGCUUCCCCCGCCUGUACACCGACAAAACCAUCAACUCCCUGAAGCACAGGCUGCUGGUCUACCUGUGGAGGAGGGCCGAGCAGGAUGGCAGCGCCACCGCCAAGAGGAGGUUCUUCCAGUUUUUUGAUCAGCUGAGGCGGUUGAGGAUGUGGAAGAUGCAGCUGCUGGAUGAGCAUCACCUCUUCAUUAAAUACACCAGCGAAGACGUGGUCACACUCAGAGUCACCGACCCCUCGCAGCCGUCGUUCUUUGUCGUGUACAACAUGGUGUCCACAGAGGUGCUGGCCGUCUUUGAGAACACCUCCGACCAGCUGUUGGAGCUGUUUGAGAACUUCUGCGACCUCUUCAGAAACGCCACGCUGCACAGCCAGGCCGUCCAGUUCCCCUGCUCCGCCUCAUCCAACAACUACGCCCGGCAGGUCCAGAGAAGAUUUAAGGACACCAUAGUGAACGCCAAAUACGGAGGCCACACCGAGGCGGUGCGGCGGCUGCUGGGUCAGCUGCCCAUCAGCGCGCAGUCCUACAGCAGCAGCCCUUACCUCGACCUCUCCCUCUUCAGCUACGACGACAAGUGGGUGUCGGUGAUGGAGAGGCCCAAGACCUGUGGAGACCACCCCAUCAGGUUCUACGCUCGGGACUCCGGCCUGCUGAAGUUUAAGAUCCAGGCGGGGCUGCUGGGGCGGCCGGUAAAUCACGCCGUACGGCGCCUGGUGGCCUUCACCUUCCACCCCUUCGAACCGUUUGCCAUCUCUGUCCAGCGCACCAACGCAGAGUAUGUGGUGAACUUCCACAUGAGGCAUGUGUGUGCGUGAGGAGCUGGUGUGUGUGUGUGUGUGUGUGUGUGUGUGUGUGUGUGAUAGACAGAGACGAAGACCCAGUGGAGUCGUACUGGGAAACAAAUGGGAGGACUGUUGGGCUUCUGUUAGCAUCUACUGGUGACAAUACAGCAAACACUUCCACCAUCAGGAGGCACAAAGCGGUUUGUUCUGCGAGUCGCCCUCUCCUCCUCCUCCUCCUCCUCCUCCUCCAGAGAACUCAGCAGUCACUCUCCUAUUAGAAACCGCCGCUUCCUCUCUUCUUUCCCCUUCCAUCACCCAGUGGUCACUCCACCUCCGCCCCUCCUCCCCAUCUGCAAGCAGGUGGCAAUUCUGCCUUUUCCUUCUCCUACUUCCUCCACAGAACAAAGAGGGACCUGUGGGGAGGAGAAGCUGGAAUAAGUGUAAAUGGAAAUGUGGAGCGAGUGAUUGAUGUGCGACGGAGGAGGGAGCCGUAGGUAGCCGAACGACUGAGGAGAAACCAAAGGUGUUUUUUGUUUUUUUUGUUUUUUUUUUGAAAGCUGUGCAUUCAUAUCAGAAUUGCUUUUCCAGUUGGUCCAAGACCAGCUGUACAAUGAACUUGCUUUUUUUUCUCACUUUGAUGUGGAAAGAGGUGAUUUUAUAUUGUUUUAAAACAUUUUUUUUACCUUUUAUUGUUUGUAUAUAUUUUAUGCCAAUAAAAUUGUCUAAAUUCUGCA